UUUACAUAUUGUGAUCCAGUAAUUUAGUAUGUGCGAAAGAAAUUCGUUUCUAAAGUAACUAGUAGAAUGUUUAGAGAUAGCUAUGACAAUUGUGUGCCAUCAACAGUGAACUGGUCGGAUAGACAGCUUUUCUAUAAUUCUCCUGUCAUUGCUUUGAACUUAUAACUUUAUAAUAUCUUGUAUAUGCUCCAGAUGGUUUAAAGUUACACAGAUUUUAUCGUUACUUAUUUUAACAAUAGAUGGAAAACGUACAUAGAAAUAGAACCGCUACUAUUCAGUUAUAGUUCUCUUCAUUAUGGUCAUUACAUUAAAUUUUGUUCGUAGUGUCCAUUUGUUAGACCAUUAAUGCUUAAGUCCUUCUGUAAUAAAAGUGUAAUAGUAACUAAAUCUGCAAGGCAACUUGAACGCAAGAAAAAAGGUGCGAAGUGUGUAAAGGACGCUUUACUCCAAGGUUAGUUUAUGUACAGAAAAAAGAGGGUAUGUCGUAUUACAGCCGACCUUGGGCUUGUGGAAGCCACUGGAACCAUCCUAAAUAUAGUAGCGACAGGUAAAUAUCCAAUCAGAAAUAUGGCACAUGACUCUUCGCCUCCUAGAUGUUUCUGAGAGGCUCCUAUUCAACUCUGAUUGGAUAAAAUGUUUCCUAGCGUCUUAUGGCUCCCUGUAAACUUUUCGGAAGAAUACAUUGGAACACCUCAGCACCAAUGGUACUACUUGGUUGCUUAAACUUAAGUAGUCGUAGGAGGAGAGAGCGGGAGAUCGAAAGCUGUUGUAAAAUAAGCCAUCGCUAUUAUUUUUGUCUGAGGAUCUUAAGUCCAAAAAUGUAGGUUAUACACGAUCAUUAGGCUCAAUUUCAUUGUGUUGUCAGAGGUAGCAAACAGUUGAUCGUAAAGACAAUCAUUAAUGACAAUUAAUUAGGCUGGAGAAAAUUAAGUACGGAUCACCAGUUACUAUUAAUGAUUCAUUUGAAGAUUCUCGAUGCAAACAUCCUCAAAUCAUAUAUAUAAGCGUAGUUUAAUCCUUUUUUCAAUCUAAUUCUUGAAAAAGCUUGCCCUCUAAGAAUUCGUCCCACUCGACUUUGUGCCACGCUGUUAUGCAUAAUGGCUGAUUAUGCAACUAUCCUGUUAUCCAAACUCCAAAUUAGUGGAAUCCAUGGUUCAAAUGAUAUAUUAGCACAGUAAACACUAUUUUAAGAUUAUGAUACAAUAUGUUGCAUAUUUCGACUAACAUAAACGUUUUUUCUAACUUUCCAGGUAAACGGCGUUUCAGUGUUCGAUUAUGGAAAACGUUCACUGAUUGUUUUAACUGUUUACCAAUCGCUGCAAUUGUAGAUUCAAAAAUAUUUUGUUGCCAUGGUGGUAGGUUCUUUUUUGUAAAUUGUUUAGAUUGGAUCUAAAAUUUUAUAUUAUGGCGUACAUUGUCCGAGUCUGACAGUGAUACCCAAUCAUCCUAUACGUGAACCAAACCAGCUAAUUGGGCGAAAAGACUGAGAAUAGGGAAAAAGUUCAACGGAAUAAACUGAAUCGGCAUAUAUGUUGUGAAUUUGGUCAACCAUUUCUAUCGACUGUGCAACAAAAUAACUGAAUAUAAGGUAAAUAAGGGAAUUAGAUGAGAGCAAGGGUCAUUGUCAGAAAACACACUCACUGGUCUGGCAAACCUGGACUGCCAAAUAAACGAAACAGCAGCUAUAAAAUUAGGGGUCUACUUCAAGAUCUUGUGGAUGACCUUGCAAGCCGUAAAAUAAUAAUCAUUGAUAUCAUCAUCCAGUGUAAGUUGGGUAAUCAUUCACAAGCUGGAAACACUGAUUGCUCGUUUCCCUAAUACGGGACUCCUCUGCAGUGUGCAUUCACGAAACUACCACCGAGAACCGAACCCAGGACCUUCGGUCCUUCUCUCAACCGCUUAACCUCUAGACCAUUUAACUAGGGUCGGGUAGUAUGGUAUUUCACUUAUAGUUAAAUUUUAUAUAUUGAGUAUUAUUAAGGCUUUCAAUUAACUCAUUUAGCAAACAGUAUCAUUCAGUCAGUGACAGUACGUUGAUAUCUUUGCUUUAUUAUUAUUAUUGUUAUCGUUAUGUUUACGCGGUCAUGUAUGCUUGAUCACAUGUUACAGCCUACACACAUAUUCAUCCAUCUUACCAGCUUGAAUGUUAGCUGAUCAAAUCACUCGUGUCUCAUUCGCUUGCUGAUAGAUAUGUGGCCCUUAAGUUGCACUCAUUCGUUCGUCCGCAUUAAUUCACGUUAACAUUUCUGUUCGUAUUGGUUUUGUGUGUUUGUAGCUUUGUGAUGUGUGCUUUGCAAGAAUUAUUUAUUUGAACACACAAACAUUGGUACAAAGGAGCACCGAAUACAUAUGCGCCACACAAGUCACUUGGUUUGUAUGUGGGCUGCAAUACUGCCCGGGUGCCCAGACCGAAGCAGGUGGUUUUCUUAGGGAGCUACACCCGGAGCCUUCGACUUAAAGGUCUGAUCCACAAGGCAGUGGAGCAACGUCAGGUGAUUCAGUUCCAUGGUAGCCGGUAACCAAUAAUUGGUUCGUAUGCCAUACGUUUCCUCAGGAUCCUGGAGCCCAUGUGUACCAUUGGUUUGGAAUCAGGAAUUUCCAACUCCCCUAGGUGAACCCUCCGUGUCCAUCGACCUGGCUAAAGCGCCGGACAUUCGCUUUCCGUCCUCUCAAUUUCGUAAACCACAUCCCUGCCGCGAGAAGGCAGUUAGUAGUGGGUGCUGUGCAAGAAUAAACGUGUUCAUGGCUCUGUGUUGUCUUGUUAAAUUUUUUAGACCUUUAGGAGUUAUCUACUGAGGGUUAUCAAGACGAGUGAUAUACGAGGCAUAAGAAUUAUCUCGAAGAAAUUCGACUACUAUGGUGUGCAUGCGUACUGCUGAGAUUUCCCCUAUCAGUACGAAACGACCCCUCAGUACUUUCGGGUUUUCAGUGGUUACUUAAGUUUGAUCGGUUUGUGAUAUCGAUAGAGUUUGACAAUCUCCAUAACUCUAUUGAUAAUUAAAAAUUAUGCUGGAUGUAGUGAUAAUUUUUAAGUUAGAUUAAGUAAGAACUCAGAGUACUUCCUUUCAGAAUUUUACCAUAAGUAUUCGUUGACCAAAUAUAACUUAAGUGUUUCUCAGCGUCUAUGAAAAUUUACAAAGGUAUUCAUAGACGACUGGUUGUCCUCUAUAUCGAAAUUCUCAGACACUUGAGAUAUUGUUUUAUUAACCCGAUAAGUUCACCUUUUUAAAUAUUAUCUAUUCUUUUUAUAGUUUAUUCAAUUCGUUAGUUUGUUUUUUAUCUAACUGAUUCUGUUUAGUUAAUACGUUAUAUAUAUAUUUCUUCAUCUUUGUCUCCCUUACAUCACACUGCAUGGUGUCAGGAUUAUCUCCAGAUUUGCAAAAUAUGGAUCAAAUACGACGUAUCAUGAGACCGUCAGAUAUUCCUGAUACAGGACUUUUAUGCGAUAUUUUAUGGUCAGAUCCUGAUAAAGAUGUUAAUGGUUGGGCUGAAAAUGAUCGUGGUGUGAGUUUCACAUUCGGUCCAGAUGUAGUUACUAAGUUUCUCAACCGACAUGAUAUGGAUUUAAUUUGUCGAGCGCAUCAAGUAGUUGAAGAUGGUUUUGAAUUUUUCUGUCGUCGUCAGUUAGUAACCUUAUUUUCUGCACCAAAUUAUUGCGGUGAAUUUGAUAAUGCCGGUGGUAUGAUGUCUGUAGAUGAGAAUUUAACAUGUUCAUUUCAGGACAUAGUCAAUUUGUGUGUGGAUUUUUGUUCCAACAUAGAUUACUAAUCUUAAAGGUUUGUAGAAAAUCUUUCAUCUUAUUCCUUACGUGGCACUAAUAUGUGCAUACUUUAUAUAUAUCACACUAAUUUUGCAUUCAGUCAUCUGAUUGUAGUGCAGUGCCUCUGGUGUAUACAUACGCGCUUAUGUGUGCUAUUGAUCUCUGUUUAGCAAAACAAUAAUCGUUUGUUUAAUAUUUUGUUGUUUUUUUUUCAAAUGGGCAAGAUGAUGAUAAAUAUAUUUGUUUGCUGCAAUUAGUAUUACAAGUGGAUGUUUCGUUCGUGGACACGUGUUAUAUAUAGUGCCUUAUUGAUUAUUCACAUUAUGAUAAUAUAAACUUAUAAUAAUAAUAUAUGUUAACUUAUCCUGUGGACUUUCUCAAUCCAUAAUGAAUAAGAUGUAUCUCUAUGUACUUAUACUUUAAUGUUACUUAUCAAGAGAAUACUGAUCUUGUCCAAAUUCAGCUUAAACCCCAUAUUAUAAAGAUAGUAGCAUUAGUAGAUAUUCGGAUAGCAACAUCGUUUGGUUUUUUAUCUACGUGUUAUCAAUUAAAGUUUGUAUGAGCUGCUGCAAAAAUUGCUUUGGUAAGUGUGGUAGUGCCCUUCACGUUGACUACUUAGGUGGUUAAACAAAAAAAACUUGACUUUAAACCAAUUAAUUGAAGGUUCAAAUGUUAAAGCCCUACCACUCUUUUUUGGUUUGGACACAAAAUCAUAUCGUAAGUUAUUAUUUUCUGAAAUUAACCUCUCAAAGUCGAGUUUAUAAAUCUGUAAGUUGUUGAAUAAAUUGUAUACUGAAUUUAGUCACCAAAAGUUUAUAUUCAUACACUGACCAGUAAGUUAUCGAACUUACUACCUAAUUAACAUUUAAAAAAUAAAAUGGUUUCGAAAUUUUCAUAUAAAAGAUAAUUUGUAGAAAUUAUAAUAUUUCAUUAAGUUUUAUCGAUUAGAAAAUUAAGAUAAGAUGUCCUGGUCGGAUUUCGUAUAGUGUAGGUUCUGGUAACUGUAUGAUGUGCUAUCUCAAUUAUACAGGUGUAGUUAAGAAAAUCUGUAACACUUCACCGAUAUUAGCCUCGAUAGUUUAAUUACUGAUGAGAUCUCUUCAGUGAUCAUAGGGACUCGUUUUGUCCUGUCCAACCUAUGUGUGUAUAAGUUAGUCACUGAGGCUGUGAAAUCCACCUAUUGAAACAUGAUCAUCGCAUCACCCGUAAAUCGCCAAAUAUCCCGUUAUAAAAUUCUGAAGUAACAAUUAAUUAUAAUCAAGUGUUAUAUCUCUAACUUGAAGUCUUGAUAUGCCAUGUACAACCUAAUCACUCGAACGCUUGGACCCUACGAGUGUCAAGUUAGAAGACAAAAGAUGAGUGGAAAGAAAUCUUAUUCCAACCAGUGUCAAAUAUGGUGCAAAACACUCGGGUAUCUAUAGUUUUUAGUGAAGGCGAAACCAUCAUUACAGUCACCCAACCCUCAAGUAGUGGUUUGUAGCAUGUAUCCAGUCUGGAGGCUACACGUCGAAAUUCUUGAAUGUCCUUCCAAACGAUGAUUGGAUGGAAUGCCUUCGGUUAUUCCAGAACUUUCUUGAGUUCACUGGGAGCCUUCCCCACAUAAAGCUUGAUCAACCAGUCCGUGACUUUAUCAUUCCAUGUACGACUGACUUUAGAUAUAUGAAGAAAGUUGGCCUUUCUAGGAUAGCUUCGUUAACAUGAGAUAAAUAUUAGUUAUUGUAUUAUUCAAUAUGAAGUGAUAUGAAACUUACCACAGUAAUGUUAAUUGAUUAUUUAUUAUGUAGUUAUUUCUGACCUUAAGGCUACAAAUAAUAUUCUGAUUAACAGUUAUUUUCUUUUAUAUUCUAGAAAUCGAGUUUUCAUUAUAUAUAUAUAUAUAUAUUAAAAACCAAGAGACACAACCUUGCUUGAGUUCGAAACUGGGAACUUCGAUUCUUUCUGAUGAGGCUUUACAUUUGGACCACUGAACCGGUAUCCACUGAUUAACAUUCCUAACUCCAGUUGAUUCAUGAUAUUAGUAGGCAACUACUUCGCACUUGAUAUGGCUGAACACUAGUCACAGCUCAUCACUAGUACUCCGGGAAAUACAUCUCGGGAUUAGUCAGUGGUCAGUUCAUUAUUAUUAGCAGCAGUAAAGAGGGUAAACAAUCGGAUGCUAACUUUGUGAUCUGAAGGUAACUACUGAGAUUGAUCCUUAAUUAGGUCGUGGUUGCACACUGCUAAGUAGUCUCGUCCUAGUACUAGGCUAGCAGGAAAUAAAUGUUCAGUACUCACCGGUUUUAACGGCUGUCUAAUUAAGCUUCACCUUUAGUGUAAAGCAUAAUGUAUAUUAUUAUCGUUUCGAUGGGACUGACUGAUUAGUUUACUAUUCUCUGUUUUUCUUUUGCUUGCCUUAUGGCUAUCUAUUUACUUUAGAUACUUAAACCAUCUGAAAAGAAGGCUAAAUAUCAAUAUCAAGGUGUAAACACUGCUGGCAAUCAAGCCAGAUUGCCUGCUCGUAUACCAUGAUCACUAUGUUCGUUGUCAAUAAUAAUACAUGCUUCCAUAAAUGCUUAUCAUAGUAUGUGCGUAGCAUAGAACUGUCUGGAGGAAAGAACGAUAAAUAACAAACUUACUAACAAAUGGUAUUUCAUCAUAUUUCAAUACAAUUUCAAACUUUUAUGCUUAUAUAUAUAUAUAACUAUUGUUCCUUAAUUUUCUUUUACACAAAUAAUGCACACAAUAUUUUCAUUGAUAAAUUAAAAUUAACUCAAGCACAUGUAUUUACUAUUUGGUUGCUUAUUACGUUUACUGUUUGUGUAUAGACGGCACAGGCACAUAUUACUUACAACGAGUUUAAACACUACUUCAAUUAUAUGCACAAAUCUUCUGAGAAUAAAAAGAUUAUGGUUACAAAUAUUUACUCAAUACCUGAUGAGGUUUCUGUUUUUUGAGAUAUUUUCUUGUCCAUAUUAAUGAAUGCGUCCACUGCUCAAAUAACAACUACUCUCCUCAUGUGUUUUGUGUGUGGGUGUAUCAUAUGCUUCUUCAUUGUUUUAUUAUAAUUAACGCAUUCAGCGAGACGAUACAACAAUUGGGAACUGUAUUUUGUCUAUAAAAUAGUUUCUACUUGUCUUUCGAUCAGUUUUGUCCUGGUUGACAUAUUUUCACUAUAAACACACAUGUCGUAAACUAAACUACUUGUAAAGAAAUGUAACCUUUCGAUUCCUCCUAGGUCGUUUUUUUCUUUCGUGUAUGAUAAACAACACGAUACUUAUUAACUGAUGAUAAUAAAAAUUUUUGUUUACAUUUCUCCGUACAUACACCUACCCACUCCUGCCGCAAUCACAUUUGAUAUACGGGAUACUAUACUGCAUACCCUUAGUUCUGUGCUUUGUACUGCAUCUUACCAAAUGAUGAUAAUGAUAUGAGUCAAUAGUUGAACAAAUAACAAGAUAAAUAUCCAAAACGUUACAUAGGUUUUAAUUUUACCGUCAUUUUGAAGUACCUGUUCAUUCACAAUAUGCUGUGCUAUAUUUCAUAAUUUUUGAAAAUCAGUUUCUGUGGCUUAGCAUUUCCCUCCCACCUCCACACACACUUGUCGUUAGUUUCUAACUCCUACAAUUUUUCCUUUACCACUAAUACUACUGCUACUGCCGAACAUGCACAUAUGAAAACCAGUUUUUAGUGUUUUGAACGUAUUAAUCUACGUCUCUUAUUUUUUUCUUUUCAGUUUUUAUUCGUUUCUAUUAUAUCUUCUUAAGAAAUCAUUGGAACUUUGUUAUCCAUUUAAGCAUACUCUCUCUACUAUGAAUGCCUUUUUCCUAUGUCUAGCCUCCUCCACAUCAACUAACUUACUAGUAACUGCUGUUUUAAAUCAAGUAUAGUCGUAGCAGGUAUAAUAAAAAGAGUAGCGGUAAGUAACACACAAAAUGAAGUGAUGUGAUCUCAUUCAUAUUGACCAAAAUAACCAGUUCUUAUGUCUUGAACCGGUACUGAAUUAUUAGUAUUAUGUGAUCAAUAAUACACUUGCUAGACUUAUUCGCAUCAGUGCAAAUGAAAAUGUAUGUAUAAUUUACUUUGUUAUCCUACUAUAACAACCUUAAUAAUCCCUUCGGACGUCAUACUUAAUGAUAAACAAAAACGUACACUUUAAUACAUUUCUCACACCACUUGUUUGUUAAUAAAUCUUGUCUGUAACGCAUUCUCAUUUGUUAAUUUAGUUGGUGAUAUUCGUUUUUCUCCGGGAUAUUUUUUUCUAAUAGUUACUCUCCUACCUUUCUUUGUUCGAACUGUAUGUAUAUUUGUUUUAUUGUCCGUUGUCAGAUUACUUCAAUUUCUUCCUUUUUCUCUGUGUCACUUUCUUGUUUCUGAAGUUUAUCAGUGAAAAAGCAAAACUUAUGACGGCCACUGUCACUAAUAAUACUUAAGUAACCUUAUUUCUGACCAUUUACAAACUAUGUAUAUGUACAUGAAUAGUUCCUUUUUAUUCCUUUGGUUAGUUGCGUUUUUUUGUUCGUUUGUUUGUUUACUAGUUAGUUCUUUGAUAGUAAUUAUAAAUAUUAUCCGUUGUUUUCUUUCUGUAAUUGAUUUUUGUUCAACAGUUUCUACUGACUUACAGUCUACACCCUAGUUAAACAACUGUUGGAAACCAACAGAUGCUGUACACUGGUUUCGUCUUUGUAUCGAACUUCUCAACAAUGCGCACUCACAAAGCCUUCGGGAGUUGAACCCAGGAUAUUUAAUCCUCGUGUGAAGGACUUAACGUUAAGACCAGUGAGUCGGCAUUCAAUGUUUUAGGUUUCUAACUGCAAUCAACUCACAAUAUUGUGUAAUUGUUCUCCGUUGUCAUCGAUGGGUAACUGACGUGCUUCAACUCUACUGGUCACGUUUUUUCAUUAGAACGUUGGGACUUACUUCUUGAAAUUACCACUAAGCUGUAUAACUAUUAUUAGUGUAGAAGAUCUAUGGAGACUAUUGGUCAUCAUGGUUUACAUCAUGAAGUGAUCUUAGUUAGAUAUCCAUUGAAAACCAUGAAGUACUGAAUAAUCGUUUUAUCUUACUGUGCGACUUUCCAACUCUGGAUAUCCCACAGAGUUUCGAGUCCAGGACCAUCAGUCCUUGUGGUAACUAGUUAAUGUUUAAACCACUACUGUGUGAAUUUUUGUUGUAGCUUACCUUAUAUAUGAACAGAUAACAUAGUGAAUUGUGCUGUUCACAGGACAACUGUAGAAAUGAUUUGAACAAAAUGGUGGUAGUAAACUUAUAACUUCACUCCACGCAGUAUUUUUUUGGUUACGCAUUUGAUUAGUUUUCUUAUCAGGCUUCGUCCAAUGUUCGACUCGAAUACACUGAUUUGUCCUUUGUUAGGAUGUCCAACUAAUAUAUAAAUUGUCAAAUAUUGUAAAUUAAGCAUCUUAUUAUUUUAUAUUACUGUCCAAGUUUUACUUUGUAUAUCAGUUGCCUCAAAAUUGUUUCGGCUAAAUCUGAGUUACUCAUACUCAAUCAGUCAUAUGCUCAUUAUAAUCCUGUGAUAAUCUGAAUUAUAACGUAAAUAUUUCAUUGUUGGGAUAUAACCAACGUUCCUAAUUAAUAAAAAUAAUCAUUUUAAUUGGUGUUAACAUACAUUGUAUGGUUUUAGAAGCCACCAAACGAGUUAAUUUAAAAUAUAUUUCAACUACCGUAAUCGAUAGUGUGGUCACUAAUUAAAUCGUAACACACUGUCCAAACAAUUGUUAUUAAGUUUGUUACCCAGAAAAUGAACGCGUCGAUAUUUUACUAUUGGUGUCAAUAGUUGGAUCAUUCGAUAAAAUAUUUUGGGUAACAGAAAAAGUGGGGAUUAAACAUCUUACAUUUAGCCAUCUCUCAGUCAAUAGAACAAUAGAGGAUUUUGAUUGUUUUCUUGUAAUCUAGAACUGAUAAUUUUAUUUGUCCCUAUACUAUGUAAUACAUCCUUGGUAAUUCCUAACACAAUGUGACUUUGAUGAUAGAUGGUCGACUUUCAUCAUGAAACUCGAAUGCAGAUUUAAUACUUGUGGAAAAGACUUACCCAGUAUCCUACGGUGAAUCAAUCUUACCACCAUGCUAUUUGUAUUGCUGGCUCAGUGUUAAGAACAUUUAGUGAAUCGAAGAAGGUUAUAUCCUGCAUUUGGAUAUAUGGAGCGAAGCAAACGUCGACUCAGAAUCUCAGCUAAAGAAACCUGUUGUUUGAUUUAAAAUAGGACUCAAACAUAAGGCUCUCAAGUGUAGUUUGGAUAGCUGUCUCAGUGGACAAAGUGAUAUUUCUUGAUCCAGAAUCGUGAACACUGAUGGUACGUGUGGAAGACAGAUGGAAAGAAUUCAUAGUGGAAGUGGAGUGGGUAUUGGUUAUCUGUAAGGGAUACCUUACUAUCAAUACCCCCCAAAUACAAUAGUGUAGUGAACGAAGAUUGUGUUGACAACCAGCUUAUGAUUCAGUUCAAAAUCGCAAUGUGUUCAUAGAAUAAUAAAACCAAACAUUAAAUACAUUAUUUGCACGCCUUCCUUCAGUUGUCUUUUAUGUGCUCCAUGAUUCUUUCAACUCUGUUGUUAUUACAAUUGCUCACUGUACAUCCCUGUUCUCUUCAAUUCAAUCUUCUGCUGCCAGAUAUUCCACUUCUAAUUAGUGUUACAUACUACUUAUGUCUGUCAACAUAAGUAGCAUGCACCGCAAUAAUAGUAUAAUCACCCUUGGAUCUAGGUUUCGCUGAUUCUGGUGUUAUUUCUAUCCAAACGAUCAUCCUGUCAAGUUAAAACGUCAAAUAACAAGUAUUCCAGACAGUGUAGCUCAAUUAAGUCAUCGCCACAACUAAUUCGGAUUACCAUGUAAAGAUUAUCAAUAACAAUGAUUGACUGGAUCGAUUCUUGAUUACGAUGGUUUUUAUAUAGACGAGUUUGAUUUUUCUAUUCAUAUUAAAUUUAAAAGUUCUUCACGCUAUUAUGUGCGUUAUGAUCGAACUACCUGAUCAAAUUGCAAUAAUCUAGUGGAUGGAUACAGUUGACAAACUUCUCCAGCUUUGUUAUUUAUUGGCUGUUGAUUUCGUUUCAUAUAACUAUUGUAUUCCAGUGAUAGUAAGAAAUGAUUCAUACUAUUUAUAUUUGUAAUUUGAUACUCUCAUGAUAUUUUCACUAUAGAAAUAUUUCGAGUUGAUUAGUCGAGUUAAUUUAUCACUUGACUUUGGUUAUGAGAUACAGUGUUAUUGCUUAUGGUCAUUUUAUAGGUUAGUAGUUCUUUUCAACAUCUUUAUAUUGCUAUUUGUUUUUAAGGUAGGAUUUAUCGAUUGAUUUUAUUGAUAACUCUAAAAAAGAGCAUGUAUCACGAGUCAUAUAAAAUUCGUUUUUGAAGACUAAACAAAUGAGAGAAGAGAAAAUAGUGGUGUGAAUGGUUUGAAUAAACUCAGCUCCUUUUAUGAUGUUGUAAACAGUUGAUUUGAUUGAGUUAAUUGACAGUAGUUAGCAAAACCUCUACUUUGCUAAAAAAAGGAUACUCUCGUUGAAUCAUUCCGAAUGUCUCACUAACCAGUUUUCUAGAUGUGAUAAGUGAUUUUCUCAGUUAUUGAUCAUCAACUUGGAGCGUGAUGCAAAUAUGCUUCUGUCCAGCACUCAUCAACAGCGUGAGAAGCACAAGAUCAAGAAAACAAUGAGAAUCUGAAUAUGAGUAUUGUGUUUCUAAAGGAGCAUAUGAAAGGGAAGAAUGAGGAGUGAAGAACAAUAUUGAGCAGGUAAGUUUUAGGAAAACAGAGAAUACAGAAUGCAAAUAAACCAGUUUUCCUUAUUUUAUGUAAUAUCAUUCAACCUGUUCAGCCGUGGCUCCUAACCAGAACGUCUUUAUCUGUCGAUAUUUAUAGUGAGUGCUGUGCAAGAAUAAACCUUGUUCAUUGGCUUUGUAUUUUCUUGUUAAAUUUAUAGACCUUUGGGAUUUAUCUACUGAGGGUUAUCAAGACGAGUGAUAUACGAAGCAUAAGGAUUAUCUCGAAGAUAUUGCACUACAAUACAUUUUUCAAGAGUUCAAUUUCUGUCGACUGGUAGGCAGAUGAUUGAUAGCAAGUCCAUUUAAUAAAUGGUAUACACCAGCCAAUUCAGUUACACUUAAAAUAAAUUGAACUAUUCCGACUAAAAAUUUAUUUAGCUCUACUAGUUAGAGCCGGAUGCUCAAAGGAUUAAACCAUAAUAAAUAAAAUCCAAAGUAUCUCUGUAUGUCAUUCAUAUCGAAUUUCUUCUUCAAACUAAUCAGAACAUAUAAUCGUUCGUUUUUCGAACCCCAUACAUAAAUCAGGAUAUAUGGUUACUGUUCAAAAUGAGGAUGACUACUUAAUUUAAUACCAAGAUUAUGAAACUGAUAGGCUGGGUCAAUCUGAUGUAGGCCAAGACAUAAAUGAAUGCUAUUGGUCAAGAUUAAGCUUCAUUUCGUAGGAAAGACACCAAUGGUUGGUAAUAUGCUUGUAUUAUCUAGCCGAAAAUGGUGUGUUUGCGGAUGAGUAUAUGUAUUCUUGAUUCGGUUUUAGUCAUCUCGGUUUUCUCACGCAAGUAGCUAUCAUGGUUUGCUUGUAGGAAGCUUGUAUUUUAGACUCGGACACUGAACAACAUAACUGAAACAUCACCAAUAACACAAAUAAUGUUACUUUUUAUAGAAAAGUAAAUAUCUAUAUCCCACAAUAUUAUAUUCUCACUAGACAAGUCUUCAGUAAUCAUAUAAAUAUGAAUAGGAUAAUCUGUCUUAAACAAACAUGAAUUUAUAGCUUCAUGCUAUCGCUUCGACUCUAGAGAUUUCCAAGACUACAUACGGCACAUAUGAAUGUUCGUUCAUGUCUUCGUCACUUAUCUAUUAUCCGAUGAAACAUUACCUAAAUCAAACAUUCUCUUGAUAAAUGAAGGUUUUAGUUUUUACAUAAUAUAUUUAAUCAUUUAAUUAGUGUUUCUUUAGGUUGCAUGCGUCAAAUAAUGAUCUCAGUUAAAGCACCACUUUGGCAGUUGUUUCACUGUAGGAUGGGAUGCUUUAGUAGUGCACAUCAACGACCUGUUGAAACAUCGAGUGCAAGACAUCUAGGCCUCUCAAUGAGCGCUUAACCAUCAAAACCAUUGUACAAUUAUCCAAUGAUACAAUUCUAGAUUCAAUCAAUUUGAUAUUUAGCGUGACGAUUGUCCGACGUCAUUGGUAAAAGUUAUUUCACUUAAUACACAUUUAAACUCUCCUAAUCACGACUUCCUAAUUGAACUUCGUGAAUAUCAUGAAGUAAACCAUUAGUGUUUAUACCCUACAAAACAAGUAAAUAAAGUUUUCUACCUUCGUUUUAACGGGUAAAAAUCGAGAUUAUUUACUACUCAAUCGUCUUUUUUAAUCCUCUUACUUAAAUGUUCAUUUUUCCAUGUUGUUAUUUCUAAUAGAAUAUGCUUUUCUGAAUUAUACAAAUGUAUUUUAUUAUUCUUUUUAUUUAUAAAAGUAGACAAUCACUAUUACUA